CUAGUUUAAUGUCUUGGUAUAAAAGCCUAUAUUUUGCAUUUUUCAUCCGACUCUCUGCGUUAGGUUUCAUUUUAGCGGCAGACGAGAGAGCAAAAGCAAGGAGAAACCCUAACCAUGGCGACACAACCAGCUACUGAAUCUGUGCAAUGCUUCGGAAGGAAGAAGACCGCAGUGGCCGUCACUCACUGCAAGCGUGGAUCUGGUUUAAUUAAGCUCAACGGUUGCCCAAUCGAGCUUUUCCAGCCAGAGAUCCUCCGAUUCAAGAUCUUCGAGCCGAUUCUUCUCCUCGGAAAGCACCGUUUCGCAGGUGUGAACAUGAGGAUCCGUGUCAACGGUGGUGGUCACACAUCACAGGUUUACGCCAUCCGUCAGAGUAUCGCGAAGGCUCUUGUUGCGUACUACCAGAAGUAUGUGGAUGAGCAGUCGAAGAAGGAGAUUAAAGAUAUCUUGGUGAGGUAUGAUAGGACUCUGCUUGUGGCGGAUCCGAGGAGGUGUGAGCCGAAGAAGUUUGGUGGUCGUGGUGCUCGUUCUCGUUACCAGAAGAGUUACCGUUAAACAAAGCUGGGUUUUUUUUUUUUCAAUUUCGAUUCAUCUCAAGGUUUUUGGAGUUUUUGAUUAUGGACUUGUGAGACUCUUAGAAUUUCUGUUUUAUGAUUUAUUGGAUAACUGUGAUUCUCCAAGAACUUAUGUCUUAUAUGAUUUUGUCUUCAUUUCGUUGCUUCUUAUUUCUUGCCUGUGAUGUAUUGCAUCUGCAUAGUUGGAUUGAAAGUUAGGUUCUUGGGUUUAUAAGAAGGCUGUGACUUGAUGUUACUUAGCCAUAGCUGAUCAAAUAUCGUCUAACAAAGUGGUCUGUUACUCUGUUAUAUUGGUUCGCGUAAAUUUUGGUUACAGUUUGUUUCCGAGUUGGUAUCUCGUAAGUCGUAACGUUUGUGUACUUAUUCACUGGAAGCAAGUUGUAUUGUUGUUAGUCUUUUGUUACCUCUCCUGGUACGAUUUUUUUUGUUUGUG